CUUUGCUUCAAUUUGCUACAUUGCUUACAGGUUACAAUAAAUAUGGCAUUUGUUAUAAAUCACAUUAAUCUGUAUAGAGAGCCAACACUAUAUAGUGGGUUCUGAAGAUCAGGGGUUUGGGGGAUUGGGCUAAAAAUGGGGGAAUUUGCUGGUUUAGUUUCAGCUGCAGUUUGGGUUUUGUUUGUUGUGUGUUCAUAUGGAAGCAUUGGGGCUAGUGGGUACAGAAGAUACAGCACUGGGGGUGGCAUUGUUGAUGGCAAAUUGAAUGUGCAUUUGGUGCCUCACUCCCAUGAUGAUGUCGGCUGGUUGAAGACCAUCGAUCAGUACUACGUUGGAUCAAACAACAGCAUUCAGGGUGCAUGUGUCGAGAAUGUGUUGGACUCGGUUGUUAUGUCACUGCGCCGCGAUCCCAAUAGGAAGUUUAUAUUUGCUGAGAUGGCAUUUUUCGAUCGAUGGUGGGUAGAGCAAAGCCCGGAGAUUCAAGAAGAAGUGAAAAAGCUUGUAGCUUCGGGCCAGUUUGAAUUCAUAAAUGGCGGGUGGUGUAUGCACGACGAGGCAGUGUGCCAUUACAUAGAUAUGAUCGACCAAACGACCUUAGGACAUCAGCUGAUAAAGAGUCAGUUCAAUAUAACCCCCCGUGCUGGAUGGCAGAUCGAUCCAUUCGGGCAUUCUGCAGUGCAAGCUUAUCUUUUCGGGGCUGAGUUAGGUUUCGAUUCUGUGCAUUUUGCUCGUAUUGAUUAUCAAGACAGAGCAAAACGUAAGGACGACAAGUCUCUCGAGGUUGUAUGGCGUGGGUCCAAAACUUUUGGCUCUUCAUCUCAGAUAUUUACAAAUGCAUUCCCGGUUCACUAUAGUCCACCAAACGGUUUCCAUUUUGAAGUGGACGAUGACUCUGUUCCAGUCCAGGAUAAUCCUCUUCUUUUCGACUACAACGUUGAGCAGCGUGUUAAUGAUUUUAUCAAUGCUGCUCUGAUUCAAGCAAAUGUAACACGUACAAAUCAUAUCAUGUGGACGAUGGGGGAUGACUUCCAGUACCAGUAUGCCGAGUCUUGGUUCAAGCAAAUGGAUAAACUAAUUCAUUAUGUCAACAAGGAUGGUCGAGUAAAUGCUCUAUACUCUACUCCAUCGAUUUAUACCGAUGCAAAGCAUGCAGCAAACGAGGCCUGGCCCCUGAAAACAGAUGAUUAUUAUCCAUAUGCAGAUCGUGCAAAUGCUUAUUGGACUGGCUUCUUUACCAGUCGUCCCGCUUUCAAGCGAUAUGUUCGUAUGCUGAGUGGAUACUAUGUGGCGGCCCGCCAACUAGAAUUUUGGACGGGAAGGAAAUCCACCGGUCCUAACACUUACGGUCUAGGAGAUGCUCUAGGAAUUGUGCAGCACCACGAUGCUGUCACCGGUACUGCGAAACAGCACACGACAGAUGACUAUGCGAAACGAUUGGCAAUUGGAGCUUCAGAGUCGGAAAUUGUAGUGAACUCAGCUCUAUCGUGCCUCGUAAAUUCAAAAUCGAACGGGCAAUGCAAGGGAUCAACAUCAUCAUUUGACCAGUGCCAAUUACUCAAUAUAAGUUAUUGCCCGCCAACUGAGGAAGAUAUAACAGAAGGGAAGAGUUUGGUUAUCGUGGCCUAUAAUUCACUCGGGUGGAAUCGCACUGAUGUCAUCAAGAUACCGGUUAAUGACGCGGAUCUUAUUGUACGCGAUUCCAUGGGAAAUGUCAUAGAAGCACAAUACAUAGAGUUGGAUAAUGUCACGAGCAACUUGAGAGAAUUUUAUGUCGAGGCUUAUAUAGGAAAGUCGCCAAAAAAAGCGCCAAAGUAUUGGCUUUUGUUCCCAGUAUCUGUGCCGCCUCUAGGAUUGAAUUCUUACUUCGUUUCUAAAUCAUCUCGUAAAGGGAGUCGCAAUAAUGGCUAUAUUUCAGCGAUCGGUCUUGGAAAGAAUGAAACCGUUGAAAUUGGACCGGGGAAUCUGAAACUGUUGUUUUCAUUGGCAUCCGGACAACUUACACGUAUUUUUAAUUCAAGAACAGGGGUGGAUAUACCGGUGCAACAAAGCUAUCUUUGGUAUGGUUCAAGUUCGGGAGGCGAGGAUCAACAGCCUUCCGGUGCAUAUAUAUUUCGACCAGAUUCAUCAACUCCAAAUAUUGUUUCAAGAUCGGUUCAACUAAAGGUCAUACGAGGACCCCUGGUCGAUGAAGUUCAUCAACAAUUCAGCUCAUGGAUAUCUCAGGUCAUUAGAGUUUACAAGGAUAAAGAGCAUGCUGAAUUUGAAUUUACUGUCGGACCAAUUCCUACAGAAGACGGUGAAGGUAAAGAGAUCAUCACAAAAAUGACAACUAAUAUGGUCACCGACAAAGUGUUCUACACUGAUUCUAAUGGAAGAGAUUUUCUCAAAAGGGUUCGGGAUUUUAGAUCCGACUGGCCCCUCCAAGUUAAUCAACCGGUAGCAGGAAACUACUAUCCGAUCAAUCUUGGAAUUUACACAGUGGACGAUAAAUCGGAGUUUUCUGUUCUGGUUGACCGUGCCACUGGAGGAGGCAGUAUAAAGGAUGGAGAAAUAGAACUAAUGCUCCAUAGGCGAACGAUCUUUGAUGAUUCUAGAGGAGUGGGAGAAGCUCUCGAUGAGACAGUAUGCGUUGGGGGCAUAUGCAAUGGACUAAGUAUUCGAGGGAACUACUACGUGAGCGUCAACCAACUAGGCGCGGGAUCUCACUGGCGCCGAACAACCGGUCAAGAAAUCUAUUCACCACUCCUCUUGGCCUUUGGACACGCGAAUCCAGAAGAAUGGAAGGCAUCUCACUCGACUAAGGCCACCAUGAUGGAUCCAAACUACAGCUUACCUCCUAACGUCGCCUUAAUUACUCUGCAGGAGUUGGCUGAUGGAGGUGUACUGCUACGUUUCGCACAUCUAUACGAGGCUGGCGAGGAUGCUGACUACUCGUCGGUAGCUAAAGUUGAACUCAAGAAGAUGUUCCCCGCGAAAAAUAUAAAGGCCGUGAAGGAGAUGAGCUUGUCUGCAAAUCAGCAAAAAUCUGAGAUGAAGAGAAUGAGUUGGAAGGUUGAAGGUGACAAUGGCAAAGAGCCUACUCCCAUUCGAGGUGGUCCUGUUGAAAUGUCAAGUUUAGUAGUUGAGCUUGGUCCCAUGGAGAUAAGGACUUUUGUGUUGAGUUUUUGAAGAAGAAAUAAAAAAUUAUUGCAGAUAAUGUAAUGGUUAUUAAUGGCCAUGUCAAUGUUAAGUACCAUACAAACUUUUAAUAAAUGAAGGCCAUGAAGCUUAAUCAAAUCUUGAUUCCAAUUCAGUUAAAUUU